GCAAACACACUGUACAAAGUGCCAGCUGGCAGAGAAGCUCUUCUCCUUCAACUUUCAACAUGUUGUGUGUACGGAUGGUAUUGCACAGACCCUGGUUGUAAUGAACGGUUAUUUAAGUUUCUUUUACUUUUCUAACUUUUUCAGUUGGGAUGCAAAUUAUCCUCUUACAUCAAUAAUUUGUCUUUUACUCAGACAAGAUCUGCUCCUUGUUUGUUUACUUUUUUUUUGGACUCAGAUCUAGCUGUGCAUGAACAUCCAGAUCAGCUGUUUUUGAAAUCCUCAGACAAGCAUCUGGGAUCAUCUGCAUGCUGCAUUUAAAAUAGCUGAAACUUACUUUAUAAUUUUAAUAUUGUUUCUUCUUAAUUCUGAUGUUCGGGUUAAUCUGCAGCAAGGCACGGCCAUCAUUUCUAGAUACUUGAUAAGAGUACACUAUGAAUGUUUUGAACUGUUCAAAUGUGACUGACAUCAGCCUAUCGCAUUCGCAAAAAGAAGUGUUAUUUAAAGUGUCUGGAUGUUAUGUCAUUUAAAAAUGCAAUGCAGAUAUACAAUGGAUUGACGAGGGUAUAAAAGUUUACAUUGUUUUUAUAUUUUUUGGAUAACACAGUUGCGACUGACAGAGAGAGUGGAUUUUAAGGCUCCUAUUGUGGUCACCGCAGAUUCAAAGGAAACACAAAUGGUCAAAAAUAUCACAUUUCCUUUGGAAAAAGAUGUCUGUCCCUUGAAUCGUUCUCCAGAGCCCAAAGUUCCUAGGCUCCAUGUAUAUGACACAGAAAACUUGGUCCGGCUGCAGCUGCAAAAUAUUUCUUCCACACAAGGGAAGAUCUAUUGGGUAAUGGAAUGGGAUGACAUAUCUGGACAGCCUCUUUUGUGGCCUACCAACAAGAGUGAAAUAGUUAUCCCAUCAUAUCUCAUUGCACCAUGCCUAUGCUUCCUGGCAUGGUUUGAUAGUAAAGACACGAAAGGAAAGUACUGUCCUUUCACAAAUAAAACAGACGCUCUGAGAAGAAUGCAGAACAACGUGUCUGUGGCUAUGGUGGAGUCUCCGUUAAGUAGUGGGGACACGGGGCUGAGCUGGAAUGUAACCUCUCCCUGUAAAGUGCAGACAGAGGUGCAAUUGUGCAAGAAAGACAUGGCAGGAGGCCAGUGUGAAGAAGUGACGGGCUCCAGAGAGCAACUCGGCACUGCUGGUUGGAAGGCGGUGCACAGAGUACACUGGCAAGCAGGGGAGUUCUCGCCACACCUACACCCACACCCACACCCUCAGCUUUGUGUGCAGGUUAAAUCUGAAGGGAUGGUCUCGUUCUCAGAGCCCCAGUGUCCAUUUGAAACACAUCGAGAAAGAUGGAUUCUUCUGCUUCUCGUCGGAUUUAUCCUGAUAUGUCUGGCUAUACUUGGAGUCUAUUUGAUACGAGGCGUUCUGAAAGGAUAUGUUUGGAGGUGGUUGAAGGAUGAUGACGUCAAAGGUGCCGUGGGUGGCGGUCAUGUGAUGCUGCUAUAUCCGCCUGAUGAUGACAAGCGUCUGCCAGAGCUCCUAUGUCACUUGGGUUCAUCUCUUCAGGCCCUGGGCUUCACCGUGUCUCUUGACCUCUGGAGCCAGUGCGAACUCGGCGUGCUCGGCCCCGUGCCGUGGCUCCACUCGCGACUGGACCGUCUGAAGCGGCAGGGCGGCAAGGUGGUGCUAGUCCUAACCCAGACCACGUGGGCCAGAGCCGAGGAAUGGGGAGCCCGCAGCUGCGAGAACAAUGAAGAGAACAUCAGAGGAGUGGAGAGGGACUCUGCCUCGUCCUGCCACGUGGAUGUUUUUGGCGCCUCGCUGAGCUGUAUUCUUGCAGACUAUUUACAGGGCCGCGCAGGCGAGCGGUUCAUGCUGGUGCAGUUUGAGUCACUCCCUCCUGCGCCUCCAGGUGGCUAUCGGCCGCUUCCACGGCUUUUUUGUGGACUCCAUCUCUACAGCCUUCCUUCCCAAAGUCUGGGCUUUCUGACUGAGCUGGCGGGCUCCAAACAAAUCGCCUCAGCAUCAGCAAGGCGGAAAAGAGCAGGGGGGCUUCGAAUGGCAUCCAGAGCGUUUGCCAAAAGGCUGUCGGGGUUCACAGCGGGGACAAAUGUGUUGCACCUUGCUGGUGUAUCUCCAGGCUGUGUUGGGCGGGAAGAGGAAGACUCUGGGGAAAUACUACUAUUGGAACCAAAUUUAAUCACACCACCGUCCAGUCCUGAUACAGUGGUCGGUAAAAUGGAUUGGGUCUGACAACUAGAGAGGAUCGUAAAGGACAAGUUAUGGGAGGCUUCAGUGAACAAAUAUACCUCAAUUAAUGCACAAAGACAUCCAUUUUCUGUUUGUGUUACCCUUACUGUAUUGUGGGAUGCUGUCGCUUGAUGAUCUCCAAGUGUCUCCAGAAGUUGUUGGACAGAAGGCAGUUAAGGGUUAGGAUACAACUGCAUGACAUUAGAGCAUUCUAUGGAAAUAAUAUUGGUAAAUAUUGCAUUGAUGAUAUCAGUUACGAUAUGCCUAAUAUUUUCCUUCUUGUCUCUAUUGUCUGUGCUUCAAUGUUAUUAGCGUCCAGUGUGAGGAUUUGCUGCAGUGAGACUGAGAUUAAUAUUGGAAGAAAAUGCAAUUUCAUAAGUCUUGGAAUAUGUUAGCUGCAAUUAUUGCACUCCAGAGAGUCCUUUGAAAUAUGUUUAUUGCGCAGUCUGAUAUUGCAAUAAUUUUGCGAUAUACUGUGCGGACCAGGGUAGACCCUGGUUAGGUUGCUGAUCCAGGACAUGGCAACACAGAAAAGCACAAGGCAAACAACCACACAGACAUGUUCUGCCACCUGUGGGGAAUUGAAAGAGAAACGUAGCACACUUAGUUUGAACAAUGUGAAGAAAGUGGAGCAACUGGAGAAAACCUACACACGCAUAGGGAGAAAAUUUGAACUCGGAGUUCAGAAAAUGCACACAAACAUCUAUAGUUAGUUUGAAGUGACCUGUUUACCAUGUCUCUCAACUGUGGGAGGAAUAUGACAUGUUUGGGAGAAAACACUCAUGCCUAAGGACAACAUGGAAAUUGUGUGGGACAUGUUGAGAAAAAGCAUCAUAUUGUUCAACAGUUUUGCUAGUUAGGUUUAUCAAACAGUAAUGUCGGCUUGAUAAACCUGGAUGGUGUGUUUAGCAGCAAGAGCAGUUUUAUAUGAUAAACAUCAGGUCAGUAAAGCUUGAGCAGCUAACGCUUAAGAGAAACUUGAUCCAGCACUGGAACAUGACACUACCUGGAAAAACAAAAUGCAUUAAAUAUAGAAGAUAUUUUUAGGAGUUUGCAAAUUUUGUUUGAUUGUGAUCUUGAAAAAGCAAAAUGGCAUUAACUCAAAACCUCAGAGAGAGCAUUCUCAGUGUAGCAUGCACUUGAUAUUUAUACCAACCUUUUCACAGGCACUGUGUGUAUUUAAGUCAUUUUACUUGUACAUGAUGGUCUUGCACUUCAUCUGGACAGUAAAAACCGUACAACUCCCAAAAGAAAAAAUGUAUAUAUAUAUGAUAGACUGUACAUGUAAAUAUGCUAUAUGGUUUGCUCAGGAAUUCUGAGUUGGUUUUAUACUGUGAUUUCUCUUAAAUGUUUUGAUAUGGGAUUGAAUAAAGCAUUAUUGUAUUUCUCUAUAAACAA